AUGCACAACGCAAUGCAGCAAACGGUUGGCAUAACUCCCCACGAUGACAUGAACGUGGAUAAGUCCGUCUAUGCAAUGGCCAACUCUAUGCCGUCGCUUAGGCGGAGACGAAGUCAGAGGGCCUGUGAGAUGUGUUAUCGGAAGAAGACUCGGUGUGAAGUCGAGGGGUCUGCUUCGAUGUGUGUCCAGUGUGUCAGGCGUCGGACGAAUUGUGUAUUUCCCGCGGUGCCAGAGCUGAGUGAGGAUGAGCAAAGAGAUGAAUAUGUGGCUGCUUUGAAAGAUCGUCUCUCCAGGAUCGAAGCCUUGCUCAAGGCAGCCGGUAUCUUGCAUGAAGAUUAUGUUAGCCCGGAUGAGUUUUCAGAUGAUGACUAUGAUCCAUCGGAUGAAAAGGGGAAUCUCUCCUCUCAACGUCCUCAAUCUUCGGGUCAAACAUCACAAGUCUCCUUCGCCUCGCGUGCGUCUUCUGGGGAGGUGGACUACUUCCCCAGCGUAGGCGAUAUGGAGGCUGCCCGCAUUUUCAGGGCUCACGAGCGAGAUGAUUCCCGAUAUUUUGGUCGCUCAUGUUCAUUGUCAAUGCUUUCGCGAGGCGGAAUUGAAUGGAUCAAGAGCAAGACGGGCGAUGUCAGCUUUUUGAAAAUCUUAAACACCGACUCUAUCCAUGAUAAUCCAUGGACUCAAUGGCGUCCCGAUGUAUUUCACGACCUGUUCGCCUCUCGGGUCUACAAACCUUUACCACCCAGGUCAGAGGUCUUCUCCCUUAUAAAAGAUUAUUUUAAUACAGCCAACCGGCUGUUCCCCAUUUAUCACGAAGAAACUUUCAUGAAGAUGGUGGAGUGGCAAUACACACAGCAAACCUGUGAUGAUUCGGCUCGAUGGGCGAGUAUCAAUAUGGUGCUCUGUCUGGCAUACGAGUUUCGAUUCUCAAAUAGCUUGAAGCCGGAAAAGGAUCGAGAGAAGGCCCGACUAUAUUUCAAGAAUGCCAUGUCGGUGUUUACGGAGCUGGCCUUGCGCCGUACAGAUCUCUUGAGUGUGCAGGCUUUGCUAAGCAUGGCUUUCUUCUUGCGUGGUAAUUCUGGUACCCAGUCUGCAUUACCGUUCAUUACAGCAGCGAUGCGGUCAAGCCAGCGAAUGGGACUGCAUCGAGAUGUCCCAAGGCCAGAGCUGAGCCUCGUCGAGCAAGAACAGAGGCGGCGAGUGUUCUGGGUGGCUUUAACCGUGGAUCAGAGUACAUGCUUGCGUGUCGGAAACGCUCCCUCUCAACAUCCUGAGGACUUCGAUGUGCCUCUGCCUGAAGAACUCGAAGAUGACCGCAACUCCACUUCUUCAACCAAUAUCCCCUUCUUCCGGCAGCUAUGUCGCAUGUCUCUCAUUAAAAGUCGUAUCUUCUAUCAAUUAUAUUCCGCCAAGGCACUGCUCAAGUCGCCUCAUGAGAUUUAUCAAUCAGUCAAAGAGCUUGAUGCAGAACUCAGAGAGUGGAGACGCGACUAUCCCUUCGAUGACGAUCCGCGGCAGAAAGUUGCUGAACCCAAUUUUCUGAUGGGAUUUGCGGCUAUUGGCCUCCAUUUCGCCUAUUUUAAUGCUCUGAUCAUGGUUCACCGAAUACCUCUCCUACUCAAUUACCUUAUUAACGAACGGGAGGAGCCGCCAGACUUAAAGGCACUCAGCAAGGCACAUGCAGCCAAGUCCAGUGUCAUCUGUGUGACUGCUGCGCGGAACACUCUUCGGAUGGUCAACAAUAUGCCCUGGGGAGAUAUUGCAUGGGUGUGGUCAUUGCUAUACUACAUCUUCCUGGCUGCAGCAACCAUCUUCUCGCACAUCAUCCGCGACACCCGCCACGCCCAAAUUCAAGAAGACCUUCAAUCUCUCAACAUGGUGGCAACAUUCUUCGCAACCCUAUCCCACCCAGGCGACGGGCCCGUCCAUUAUGCUGGCUUCAUGACCCGCAUGAGUGCCAAUCUCGAACGUAUUGCCAAACUGGCGAUUGAGAGAGGAGAAAAACGGGCCUGGGGUCCCGAUGAUCACGGCCACCAGAGCCAACAGCCCGGCACAAAGAGGCAUAACCAACGGUCUUCAAGAUCACACGCAAAAGCCCGUCAUCAACCCUCAACCCUCCGCACAUCGAUAACUCCCGACUCCACGCGCUCCCAUCCCCACUUCUCCUCCACAGCUCCACAUGUAUCAAACGUCUCGACCACAAAUUACCCCCACAUGUCCGCACUUAGUAUCCCCGAAGCCAUCGAGGGAUUGCCACCCAUCAACUCGGAAGGCUACGUCGUACCACUAAGCCCAAGCGUCACGAACCCCUUCCCUUCAUCCAUACCCUCGCAGCCUUCAAUCCCACCUGCAAACUAUCCGAUCGGCUUGGGCCUCCAAGAUCUCAAUGGUACAUCACCCACAGACUUCCCAUCCAACACAAUCCCCACCUGGCAACUGGGACAAGACACCACGGCACAAACAACCGAAUCUCCGCCACUAGAAAGCACCCAAUCCCCCUUCUCAACCAGCAGCACUACACCAGGCACAACCACGUUCCCCGCAUCAUGGCAAGUCCCCCUGACAGCGGACUGGCAAUUUGGUGACAACAUCUGGUCCGGUCUCUUCCCAAACGAGACCAUCGCCGCCUCCGCAAUCGCAGAAAAUGUCCAGCUCCCCAUUCUAUCUGCAGAAUCAUUCCUGGACGUCCCUCCCGAGACGGAACUGGAUAUGAGUGCCUCGGAGACGGGGUAUACGGGAGUGGGGAUGGGGUAUAAUGAUUACAUGCCGCCGAGGACGGCGCAGGAUCAAAGGGCGGGGCAGGAUGCGGCGGAGAUGAGUUGGCCGAAUGGGUUUUUGGGAUUAUUUUAG